AUGCUGCUGCCAAGAACCGUGAACGAAAAUGAGCCUGAUUAUGUAAUCGCAUUCCUCCGAAUCAGCCAACAACCUGCAGGUUUUGGCGCAUCGCACUCCAGUAAGUGGAUGUCACCCCUGCCUCCCACCCUCCACCCAAAGUCAUCCACGGUCCCAGCUGCUCAAAACGGCUCAAAUCGCUUUCGCGAUGAUAUGUCAGUCGCAGACAUCAAAGCAAAGGCAAAAGAGGCUGUCAACAGGGAGGCAAGGGGCGUCUCUGUAAUAGCCCUAAUCAAGUCUGCUCGGACGCAAAUUCUUUCUGCGAAGGAGCAUGAAGCGAGGGGUGAUUUACGAAGUGCAUUCGGGUCAUAUAUCAGGGCUGCAACACUGGCUAAGAUGGCUAUGGAUUCACCGGAGUAUGAGCAAGAGUCGAGGGGGAAGGGCGGUGUUAUCCGGAAAGAGAUGAAUGACUUCCUCGCAGGCGAUGGCCGAGACAUAACCUCACGUACUAGUGCAGUGGAGGAUAAAUUAAAGGCCAUUGAACGAACCCAAGCAGUCGAACCGACGGAGACAAGAGAUAUACCGACUGGCAAAUCAAUCAAGGAUCGCAUGAAGGCGUUGCAAGAUAAUGGUCUCUCGCUUGGGCAACCCAAAAGUCCUGCUCUACCGACACCCCCGAUUUCUCCUCGGAAUUUCAACACGACUCCGCAUUUCAAUUCCUUGCCUACUCCCCCUUCGGUUGCACCUUCCGUUUCUACAUCAGCCUCGAACCACGUCUUCGUCUCGCCCUCAACCCUAGGCCCUCCCUCUCCCACCUCGUCUCCGCCUUCUUCUCCUCCGAAUACUGCCCUCAGUGCCUCUGACCUCAACGGUUUCAAUCAAGCUUUCCCUUCAAUCGAUGAACUCGACAAUACCCCUGCAUUUUCUCUUCCCUCCGUACCAACCGGGCUCAGUUCCACCUCCGCCAGCUCUCACAACAAAGACCUUCGCAAUGCGGAGCCACCACUCUCACCUUUGGUUUCAUUCAGGAACUUCGUGCCCAUUGAGCGACCCUCGAGCACACCGAUUACGCCUACCAACAUCAAUUUUGGAAGCCGACCGCCCUCUCCGAAGCCAAUGAAGCCGUCAGGGCUGUCAAACGGAGUGAUUGCACCGUCUACCCCGAAGGUACCACUGCCAGUGAAGAAUACAGCUUUCCCCAAAGACUUGCAGGCUUAUAUCCGUGACUACAACGUGCUGCUCAUUGACGUGCGUCAUAGAGCCGACUUUGAUCGCGAGCACAUCAAAGCCAACGCGGUUGUCUGCAUCGAACCAUCAGUUCUCUUGAGAGAAGGAGUAACAGCGGAGGCGUUGGAAAACGCGAUGGUUGUCGGUCCUCGACAGGAAGCUAGUAUCUUUGGCAAUCGUGACAAGUUUGACCUGGUCGCCGUAUACGACGACUCUUCGAAGACGUUCGGCGCGGAGAACACACCACUUUCCAUCCUUGUCCGUGUGAUCUUCGAGCAAGCGUUUAAGAAAAUGCUCAAACGGACACCUAUGAUGCUUGUGGGAGGGAUCGAGGCCUGGAAGAAAGAUCUAGGAGAGGCGGACCUCGUGAGAGGAUCUUCGUACAUGGAAAUCCGACGACCUAUACCCACCAAGGAUAUCCAAAGCCCACUACUUGCGAGCUCCAGUCCGAAGUCGAACAACCCUUUCACGAAUGGAAUGAUCCACACGAAUAGCACUGGUAACGCUCAUGAUAUUUGGACACCACCGCAAAGGCCCACACAAUAUGUCAAUGGAACAAUUCCCGAGCAUCGUCCGACUAUGUCCUUGGAUCAAUCUGGUCACUCGAGGUCCCCAGCAGAUGCCACUUAUACGGGCAGCCAUUCCGGUGCUGCUGACAAGUCAUUAACACGCCGGCCGGCAAUUCUUCGACCCAGUUCUAGCUCAAUUUCGUUUUCAAGAAGUGUCGGUGAUACCAUGCCAUCCCCUGUCAUCGGAACGCAGUCUAUGCUCAACGGUGGCCCACCAUCGAGCACGCCAAUCACAUACCCUCAAUUCCCACGACGUAUAUCCCCUCAUGCCUCAGGGUCCGGCUCAGGUACACUCCCAGCGCAAGUGCCAUUCUCUGCCCCUCCGACUCAGUACGACAUAGCAUCACCACCCCAGGCAUCCAUCAACCCUUCGCAGUUGUCUAGAAGAAGGAGUGACUUCGUUGACCAGUCGCAGGAGGCUCUCAGCGGGUUCAAUGCCUCCCGAUCGCCGCCGGGAGUCGACUACCCUGAACUAACCUCGCCAACAAUCGUCCGUCCGCCGCCUGUCGCGGCUUCAUCGCUAGAGAGGCAGGAUAAGAGAGUUACCCAACCUUUCUCGCCACCUCCUAGUGCGGCGUUGGUUAGUUCAGGCCCGAAACCUCCCAGGAUCCAAUCGGAUUAUCCUACGAAUUAUUGGGCGGAUAUCCAGAUUGGAAUCUCGGGCUUGAAGAAUUUGGGCAAUACGUGUUACAUGAACGCCCCGAUCCAAUGUCUAAGUGCUACUGUGCCGUUUGCUCGGUUCUUUACAGAGGGUCGUUGGAAAAAUGCUGUCAAUUAUACCAACCCUCUCGGGUCGAAGGGCAAACUGACAGGAGCAUUUGCGACGCUCCUUCAUCAGAUGUGGGGCGGAGACCUUCCUUAUUUGACACCUAUCGAGUUCAGACGAUCUAUAUGUUCAUUGAAGUCGCAGUACAAUGGCUCGGACCAGCACGACUCACAGGAAUUUCUCAGCUUCUUGAUGGACGGAAUUCACGAGGACUUAAACCGCAUACUCUUCAAACCAAGUUAUGCCCCAACACCCGAAGAAGAGGCCGAGUUGGAGCGUCUACCUCCUCAGAUUGCCAGUGACAGGGAAUGGCGGAACUGGCGGGCGAGGAAUGACAGUUUGGUCGUGGAUUACUUCCAAGGGCAGUUUAGGAACAGAUUGGAGUGUUUGACCUGCCACAAGACGUCAACAACAUACAACGUGUUCUCUAUAUUGCAAUUGCCAAUACCGCAUGCAAGGAGUGGCAAGAUUGCGAUUGAACGCUGUCUUGACGAGUUCUUCAAGGAGGAGAUUUUAGAGAAGGAUGAUGCUUGGGAUUGCCCUCAAUGCAAGACCAAACGUCGAGCAACGAAAAGAUUUUCCUUAGCCCGACUACCACCUGUUCUCAUGAUUCACUUCAAGCGAUUCGAGGCCAACGGAAGAUUCUCGGACAAAAUCGAUACCUUUGUUGAUUUCCCAAUGAAAAACCUGGAUCUGACCAAUUAUAUGCCACCACCUCUACCACCCGGUGCUGACAAGUCACAGCUUAACGGCGGUCUUCCUAUGUCGCCUGACGAUCCGCGAACGCAGCUGCCUCCGUAUCGGUAUGAGUUGUAUGGAGUGACGAACCACUAUGGCAAUUUAAGCAGUGGACAUUACACCGCAUUCGUCGCUUCAAGAGGUGGAUGGAUGUACUGCGACGAUAGCAGUGUGAAGUCAGUGGAUUCCAAACAAGUAGUGAAUCAAAAAGCAUAUGUCCUAUUUUACAAGAGAGUCCGAGCCUAG